GUGUAAAUGCGGCUUCAUCUUUUUGACAGUUGAAGCUUAUUUGUAAACAAACUAAACUAAUUCCAGCCAUUCGCACGGGCAGCAAAAAUUCUGCAAAAUGAAUAUUUUGCCAAAAAAGAGAUGGCACGUUCGCACCAAAGACAACAUUGCUCGUGUCAGGCGAGAUGAAGCUAAGGCAGCUGAGGAGGAAAAGGAACGAUUACGCCGUGUAGCGCUAGCCGAUCAGGAGGCACGGAUCAAUUUGCUUCGCCAGAAGGCCCGAACCGGUUCAGAUAAACCGAUAGAGUCCGAAACCGAGGUUCGCGUAACGGCCAAAGAGCACGUUAACUUUUUCAGCGAACUCGAGGAAGGAAAACACGACGGUGUCAAGCGAUCGAACGCGGAACACGAGAAGGAAAAGAAGGAGGAGCAGGAAAAGUACGAAAAACAGAUUGGCUAUCUGACCUAUCUGGGGCAGGAUACGAACGAAGCGCUCGGCAAGCGGGACUGGUACGAUACGGCCCCAAAACGUGCGGAAAGCCUCGAUGAACACGGAAAGCCGAUAGAAGUUGGUUUAAAAACGAAAAACUAUCAUGAUCCCCUGAACGUUAUUCGACGGUACGUACCGAGUGCAAGUUUCAAACUACCCUCGGCUACCUCAGUCUCUAGGCACGCGGAACCGAGCGUUCCAUGUCCGGACACCUCUCCGGCAGUACAAUCGAAGACCCAAUAUACAGCACUGAUUGGGCAAACGGGUCGUAAAGAAUCAAGAAAGCGAAAGUUAAGUUCGAGCUCUUCAGAUACAUCACGCCAUUCGAAGAAAAGAAAAAAGAAACAUAAGAAGCACAGCGAUAAGAAGAAGAAAAAGGAAAAGCGGAAGAAAAAGAAACAUAAGAAAUCCAGUUCGGACGAGGACGAAAGUACCGAGGACGAAGAGGUCGCGAAGGCAAAGAAAGCACAGCUAGAACAGAUGCGGAAGCAGCGAAUUGCGCGGGAGCGAGAGGAGAAGGAAAGGACGGAGAAGAUGCUUGCUAAACUGCGUGGUGAACCGGAUCCACCUCCCAAGACACCGAAGGAAGUAGUGCCACAGCAUUCGGUGCCUCGUCAGAAGUACAAUUCACAGUUCAAUCCCGAACUGGCAAAGCAAAAUUACGAAUAAACCGCUGCUCAAGGUUCUGUCUUGUGUAACUACUUUAAUAA